AGUGGCGGCUGGGCCGAGGUGGAGCCCGUGGAAGCCCCGCCGGAAGCGCGCUCCAAAUGGGACUUUGAGGACGAGGAGCGGGGCUCCAAGAACAAAUGGGACGAGGAAGAGCACCAGCCCCUCUACACCCAGCAACCAGCCGAAUCCUCUUUUAAUCGUCCCCACAGCGGCACCGACGAUGAAAACAGCCGGCCACGCCUAGACGAUUCGGCUUCGAAAUGGGAAGACGACGACAAUGGCGAAUAUUCACCGGGUGAAAUUGCGAGCCCAGUUCGAAGUGAGAACAAGCCCGAAUCCCAAAUCGUUCUCGAGAAGAUGAACAGUGAGCUGAAAGGAAAAGCGGACGCGUUGCGACGUCAGCUUCUCGAAGACAGGGAACCGGAUUGUGAGAUGAUCGUCAGGAGAUUUGAAGCCGAGCAGCGCGACAAGAUCAACAAGGUCGUCCUGGAGCUGGAGGCCUGGAGGCCAAAAACCCGUAAAAAGGAGAAGAAGGAGAGCAAGCGGGAGAAGGAGAAAGACAAGGAGAAGGAGGGCCGCUCCACACGCAGCUCGAUAAGUGAACGGGAUCGGGAUAGAAGGAGAUCACGCUCAAGGGACCGCAAUCGCAGCCGUGAGCGCAGUGAGCGGGAUCGGGGCCGUGAUCGCGAUCGAGACAGGGAGCGUAGAAGAAGCCGCAGUGCUGAUAGAAAUCGUGACCGUCACUCGGAGCGGGAUCGCCGGAGGAGUCGAAGUGCAGACAGGGAUCGCCGAAAAAGCCCGGACCGGCGCCGUCGU